UUCUGAAAACUAUUAACUUUAGUAAACACGUGUAUUUAAUUUUCAUAAACUUAUUUUGAAAUUAAAAAUUUAUUUUACUUUUUUUGUUUAAUUUUUUGUUGCAUACUUUUUAGUAGAUUUUAUUUAAGAAAGGAUAUACAAUAAAUAAAAAUUAAAAAUGGCUAAAACAAGCUCAGCAACUAAAGCUCCUCGUACCCAAGGAUUUAACCGCUCAGCACACAGUAUGAAUCCUGAACGAAAAACGGAUAACCUUAAAGGUGUUGCAAAAGUUAGAACUAAAGCAACAAUUAAAAGACUUCAAAUGUAUAGAAAUUUUAAAGCAAAGCGUGAUAGAAAAGGUAAAAUCAUUCAAGCUGCUCCAUUUCAAGGUUGGUUGGCUUGUGGAACUCAAGCUAGAGUUGAACCUCAUCGUAAAUGGUUCGAUAACACUAGAGUAAUUGGGCAAAAUGCUUUACAAAAAUUUCAAGAAGAACUUGGUAAAGCUGUUAGAAAUCCAUAUGAUAUUGUUAUGAAACCUACUGGCUUACCGAUAACUCUCUUGAAUGAAAAAAAGAAACAUGAACGAGUUCAUAUUCUUGAAACUGAAAGUUUUGAAAGUGUAUUUGGUUCCAAGAGAACUCGUAAACGUCCAAAUUUAUAUGUCAGAGAUGAACAACAGUUGUCUGAAACAAUAAAUGCAAUAAAUGAAUCAUAUUCUGAUGAUAAAGAUUUGGAUCUAGUUAGAGAAGAUACAGGAGAGAGAAAAGCACCCCGUGAUUGGAUUAUGGCUGCUGGACAAAGUAGGCGUAUAUGGAAUGAGUUGUACAAAGUAAUUGAUUCCUCUGAUGUUGUAAUAAUGGUUCUUGAUGUUAGAGAUCCUCCUGGUACACGUUGUGCUCAUAUUGAAAACUUUUUAAAAAAGGAGAAGCCACAUAAACAUUUAAUUUUCAUUUUAAAUAAAGUUGAUCUGGUGCCUGUAUGGGUCACUCAAAGAUGGGUAGCUGUUCUUAGUUCUGAAUACCCUACAGUUGCAUUCCAUGCAUCUUUAACUCAUCCUUUUGGAAAAGGUGCAGUGAUCAAUUUAUUGCGACAGUUCACCAAACUUCAUUCUGAACGAAAACAAAUAAGCGUUGGUUUCAUUGGAUACCCUAAUGUUGGUAAAAGUUCAGUUAUUAAUGCAUUGCGAUCUAAAAAAGUUUGUAAAGUUGCUCCCAUUGCUGGUGAAACCAAAGUAUGGCAGUAUAUUACACUAAUGAAAAGAAUUUUUCUUAUCGAUUGUCCAGGGGUGGUUUAUGAUGCAACCAAUACAGAAACUGAUACUGAAAAAGUAUUAAAGGGCGUAGUAAGAGUAGAACUUGUUCCUGAUCCAGAACAGUACAUACCUUCAUUAAUGGAUAGGGUUAAAGAAGAACACUUGUCUAAAACGUAUGGUAUUGAAACUUGGACGGACGGUGAAGAUUUUUUAUCACAGCUGGGUAUAAAAACAGGUAAAUUGUUAAAAGGUGGUGAAGCAGACAUUACUCUUUGUGCUAGGAUGGUUUUAAAUGACUGGCAAAGAGGAAAAAUUCCUUACUACAAAGCGCCUCCUGGUUUCGAAGAACCUUUAUCCGCCAUAGAAAAAGAAUGUGAACCCAUUACUAAAAGAGCAGAUUUAGAUGCUGUCGAAGAAAGCGAUUCCGACGCUGAAUCAGAAAGUGCAGAGUUGCCUGUUGUAGAAGAUGAAAAUGCAACUUCUACUGAUAGUGAUGAAGAAGAAGAAAGAAAGAAAGAAAAACAAGCAAAAUUACAAGAAGCUCAUGAGGCAUAUAUGAGUAGCUUGACGAGUAAACAAAAAAGAAGCCUCAUGUUAAGAAAUAAAAGAAAGAAAGUUGGUAGUGAUUUCUAUGAAGUGACUAAUGUUAAAAACCGCAAUAGGGAUCGUAAAAUUCCUAAAACGACAAAAUAAAACUAGAUAUUUAUUCAUUUAAUGUGUUAUUCUUUUUUAAAGCAUAGAUUAGAUAACCGAGUCACUUGUACAGCUUAGUGCUAAUUAUUGAGAAAACAAAAUAUAGCUCAUAUAUUAAUAGUUGUAGACACAAA